AUGGAUGGAAACAAUCAGUCCACAGUGUCAGAGUUUGUGCUUCAGGGACUUGGCUUCACACAGAAUCUUCAGGUUCUCCCCUUCAUGAUAUUUCUGAUGCUCUAUGUCAUCAUUCUGUCAGGGAACACUGUCAUCAUGAUCUUGAUCAUCACUGACCCUCACCUCCACUCCCCCAUGUACUUCCUGCUGGCCAACCUGUCCUUUGUGGAUCUGUGGCUCUCCUCCGUCAGCACCCCUAAGAUGAUCGCAGACUUUCUGAGGGUGAACAAGACCAUCUCCUUUGGAGGCUGCAUGUCCCAGAUCUUCUUUGCCCACUUCAUUGCUGCUAGUGAGAUGGUGCUCCUUGUGGUCAUGGCCUAUGACCGCUAUGUGGCCAUCUGCAGACCACUCCACUACUCCACCAUUAUGAGCCUGCAGAGGUGUACUAAGCUGGUGCUGACUUCGUGGCUCAUUGGCUUUGUGCAUUCUAUCAGUCAGCUGGCUGUGAUUUUACCACUGCCUUUCUGUGGUCCCAGAAAAAUAGACAGUUUCUUCUGUGACAUUCCUCUGGUCACCAAGUUGGCCUGCUUGGAUGCUCACCAUUUGGACAUGUUAGUCAACAUAGACUGUGGGAUGGUGGUAGUGACCUGCUUUGUUCUGUUGCUAAUGUCCUAUAUGUAUAUUCUUGUCACUAUUCGCAAAAGCUCCAAAACUGGCGCCUCGAAGGCCCUGUCCACCUGCUCCGCCCACAUCACGGUGGUGGUCAUAUUUUUUGUGCCAUGCAUCUACAUCUAUGUGUGGCCUCUCAAGAUCACAUGGUUGGACAAAAUUCUUGCUGUGUUUUAUUCUGUUAUAGCGCCUUUGCUAAAUCCAGCCAUUUAUACACUGAGAAAUAAAGAAAUGAAAAAUGCUAUGAAAAGAUUUAAAAACUAUGUCUUGGGUUCUAAGGGAACCUAA